AUGCGUAUUAGUCUUUUACACAAGCUGCUAGCAAUACAUUGUGAUAAGCCAAUCCUUUGUUAUUGGGACUUGAUUCUCAAGACGUUUCUGAAAAUUGCGGGCAACCGGCAUAAGCUCUUGCCUCUGAUAGAUAGAGCUACAGUGAAGUUGCUCCAAUCUCGCGCCCCGAAAUUACAAGAAAUCGACUACCCAAUUCCAACUCUGGAGACGUUCUUCAAAGAUCGUUCCUAUCUCGAGGUCGGCCAAAGCGUUAUAAAACAACUUUAUCUAUCUGAUCCGCACCGACAACUCACCGUUGAUCAAAAGGUCAGUGAGUUAUUCGAUACGCCCUUACCAGUCCUUUAUACUAUGAGUCAGCAAAGGCUUGGACAUGAUUUACUGGAAUUCUGGCGCUUUAGCUUCCAGUACGCUCUGGUUAAGGUUUUAAGGGAGUCCACUCCUAGUCCAGUUUUCGAGGAGCCCGGCCCUCCAGACAGGAUAUAUAUAUGGGGCCACUUCUGCCAAAUUAUUCAGUCGAGAGGAUUUCGACCUCCUACUAGAUUCGACUUCGUACCUCGGACCCGACUUCCCGACCCGGUUGCUUGUGAUUUUCCCGAGAUAGGGCUAGAAAAAGACGUAGAAGUGGAGAAGCGCUCGGGGAAACCCUUCUCCAAUACCGUUGAGGUAGACCGCCAUGCUCUAUCCGCCGAAUUUCUUCGACAAAGUUGGACGACUCCUCAAGUGACGGCAGGAUUCCUACGGAGGUCCGUGUUCAAGGCAUUUUUCUCUUAUCUCAUCGAAGAGGGCCAGGAAUUCAACUAA